UUAGAAAUAUUGAUUUAAUGCUUGACCUACCUUUUGCUUAGCGUUGUACCUGACGAACGAAGUAAAUUGGGCAUCUUGUUAAUUCAAGAAUAUGAAAUUAAAAGGUACUUCAGUGGCAGUAUUAGCGUUGGUGCUGGUCUGCUUGGGUAAGUGGGAGUAUUGUAAGCUGCUACUGGUGCGGGACUUCGAGGCGCAGGCGCGGGUCGUGCUGGCGGAGCAGGGGCUCGGGCCGGCGGAGUACGCCGCGCUGGGUCAAGUGUAUGAUGACGUGCGGCACACCCUGACCCGGGCCUGGCUGGAUGUUGAGGUGUUCCCCAUUGGUUCAUUGUUCACUAGAUUGGCUUUAAAGAAUUGCGACGUUGAUCUGGUGGUGAACGUGAAUGAUGACAGUGAGGUGUCAGAGCGUGCGCGGGUGUUGCUGCUGCGGUCGCGCGCCCGCUACCGGCGCGUGGCUCGCGGCGGCUCCCGCGCCGGCGCGCGACCCACGCUGGUCCUGCACUUCACCCACAUUGCCUCGGGCAGGAAGUGCGACCUCAGCUUCAGUAGCCAAACCAGUGUCGAGAACAGCUUACUCUUAACCUACUACUUAAAACUGGACGAAAGAAUAAAGCCUCUCAUAUCCCUCGUCAAAGUUUGGAUCAAUCACUUGGACAAUUCUAAACAUUUUAGAAGUCACAUUCUGUGUCUUUUAGUUAUUUUUUAUUUGGAACAAAAGCAUAUUGUUCCCCCACCCAUUGUCCUUCAGGAAAAUUUAAGUGAUAAUUAUAGGAAUGGAUGGGACACGAACUUUAAUAUGAUACCAUUCAAAUCAAAUAAUACGGAGAGUCUGUAUCAACUGUUGGGAGGAUUCUUUAAAUACUACAGUAUAUUUAACUUUAGAGACAAUGUGUUAGCAGUUCGAAACGGCAAGACUUACCAUAGAAGCGUGUUCCGGAACAUCAGCACUAUCCCUGAAGAGUUUUCAGAUUACAAAGAUUAUCUAAAGAGGCCUGACAGCACGCCGCUGAACUUGGACAAGGAUUUAUGUAUUCAAGAUGCCUUUGGUCAAAACUAUAACAUAGCGGACACUGUGCCCAGCGACCUGGCUGCUGACUUCCUAUCUCAUCUGUAGUUUGCCGCAAAA